AUCCUGCGUCUGCAUUGCUGUGAAGUUUACAGUCGUCACAUUUGAAUGCGAACGGUUUUCUACCGUUGUGGUCCUGCCACAAGUAUUAUGCUAAUUUUACGACGAGCUAACAGUAGCAGAAAACCGCACUGAGUGAUAAAGAAACGAGAGGUGUAGAGUCGUGGAUGAAAACGGAACUCGGGUCUCUAUAUGUUGUCGGUUUUGUGAUAGUCGUUGUGUGGUUUUGGUCUGUAUGAAAGUGGCCGUGGACUACAGUGUAGAGCACGUGCGGUUUGUUACUGUGUUACACAACAAUGAGUUUAAUUCGGUAAAAUGCGUCCGUGUUGUGGGACUGUAAACUAUUAAGUGUUGGGAUUUAUGUGUAGAAAAGUGUGGGUCAUAACGAACGAUUUUGCUUUCGAUUCAAGGGAACUAAAUUAAAAUCUAAAGGAUAACUUAAAAAAAAAAAAAAAAACAACUACAUUGAUUCCCGAACAACAUGCCCAUUAGGCGGUUUGGGGGUCACAGGUCUCUGGUCUCUCAUUCUCCGAAGCUGUCGUAUGGUUACAGUAAAAUGAAUAUCUCCAAAAGCGGCUACCGUGUGUUUUCUGCCAACUCUACCACUGCUUGUACCGAGUUGGCCAAGAGGAUCACAGAACGACUGGGUGUGGAGUUGGGCAAGUCAGUGGUUUAUCAAGAGGCAAACAGAGAGACUAGGGUGGAUGUGAAAGAGUCUGUCCGUGGUCAAGACAUCUUCAUCAUUCAGACCAUUCCCAGGGAUGUGAACACUGCCAUUAUGGAGCUGCUGGUUAUGGCCUAUGCCCUGAAGACAUCCUGUGCCAAGAACAUCAUCGGGGUCAUUCCGUACUUUCCUUACAGCAAGCAAUGCAAGAUGAGAAAAAGAGGAUCCAUUGUUUGCAAGCUGCUAGCUUCAAUGUUAGCUAAAGCUGGUCUAACUCACAUCAUCACCAUGGACCUUCACCAGAAGGAAAUCCAAGGUUUCUUCAGCUUCCCAGUUGACAACCUGAGAGCAUCCCCCUUCCUAAUCCAAUACAUCCAGGAAGAAAUCCCUGACUACAGGAAUGCAAUAAUCGUUGCAAAGACUCCUUCUGCUGCUAAGAGAGCUCAGUCCUAUGCUGAAAGGCUGCGACUUGGACUGGCAGUAAUGCAUGGAGAGGCCCAUCAUUCAGAGUCAGACAUGGCUGACGGUCGACAUUCUCCCCCCUUAUCCCGCACCACCACCGGGCACACAGGCCUGGAGUUGCCAUCAGGCAACAGACAUCAUAUCCCAUUCCCUGGGAUAGAGCUCCCAAUAAUGAUGGCAAAGGAGAAGCCACCCAUCACCGUUGUUGGAGAUGUAGGAGGCAGGAUUGCCAUCAUCGUUGACGACAUGAUAGAUGAUGUGGAGGACUUUGUUGCUGCAGCAGAAAUCCUUAAGGAAAGGGGCGCCUACAAGAUUUACAUAAUGGCAACACAUGGCCUACUGUCUGCAGAUGCUCCGAGACUAAUAGAAGAGUCUGCUAUCGAUGAGGUGGUGGUGACCAACACUGUUCCUCAUGAGGUUCAGAAGCUGCAGUGUCCUAAAAUCAAAACCGUGGAUGUCAGUAUGAUCUUAGCUGAGGCAAUCCGACGUAUCCAUAAUGGAGAGUCUAUGGCCUAUUUGUUCCGCAACAUCGCUGUGGACGACUGAGGCAACACACACUUGCACAUUUACAUUCCUGUACACACUAAUCAAACAUUUCCAAGCACAGGACCAAGAAUCCAUAGUUUACUUUAACCACCUUGGUAAUCUAGUAUUUCUUUUUGUGUUGCUCUUCCAUGUUAAGUAUAAUUCAUGCUGCCUUAUUUACCUCUUGUGGUACAUAGUGGGGCUGUACAAACAAUGCAGGUUGUUCUUGUACUAAAUACGCUUACUUCCAUCUGGAGACUUAAAUAGUUCAACAUAAUGUAUUGUUUGCUUUCUCUGUAUUGUACAGAAUUUGGCAAAUAAAUCAGAUCUUCUUGAGUGAGUAAA